AUGUCGUCGCGGAAGGCCCCACCAGUUUACGUUCGAAACGGACAGGCUCUCUCGAGUCCCCCGUUGACCGUUCGCCUCAACCGCUUCACUGAGAGUGUUUACCUUUUCUUCGGACUCUACUUCGUGAGCCUCUUUGCUUUCGACUCCCAAGCCUCCGCCCAGGGUUCGCAGUUCAACAUCCACAACCGAAACACCGCAUACCGCAACUCAUCUGAAUGGGGCGCGCGUACCAGCUCCUCCAGUUCUAAUGUUCGUCGUGGGGGUGAGGGAGAUGGCGGCCCGCGCAUCGGCCGGGUGGACGAUGUCCGAGGGCCGGAGUGCAAGAGCUGCCGCUGA